AUGGCUGCUCUUCCAAAUACUCUUACCGCCGACACCAUCAUCACAAACAAUCAAACUCUUCUUCAUCUCAAUAUGACUAAUGUCACCAAGCUCACACCAACAAAUUAUCUCAUGUGGAAACUCCAAGUUCAUGCUCUUGUUGAUGGUCAUGGCCUUAUUGGUCAUCUUUAUGGUUCCACUGUGGCUCCAUCUCCUCAGGUCAUCAACAACAAUGUCACCACUCCAAAUCCUGACUUUGUUACAUGGCAACGACAAGACAAGCUCAUUUAUAGUGCUUUGCUUGGAUCGAUGUCCCUUGCUGUUCAACCUAUCCUCUCUCGUACCACUCCUCCUGCUCAGAUAUGGACUACUCUCGCAGCCACCUACGCCAAGCCCAGCUGGGGACAUAUCAAACAAUUACAUGAUCAACUCAAGCAUUGGACGAAGGGCAGCAAGCCAAUCGAUGAAUUUAUUCAAGGUUUCACAACUCGGUUUGACACUCUUGCUACUCUUGGCAAGCCGGUUGCUCAUGAAGAACAGGUUGACUAUAUUCUUGAAGGACUUCCUGAUGAUUAUCGCCCUGUAGCUGAUCAAAUUGAAGGACGUGAUGUACCGCCCACGUUAACAUACAUUCACGAACGUCUUCUCAAUCAAGAGGCGAAGAUUCUCUCUAAAGCUGCUUCCUCAACGUUUCCUGUUUCUGCUAAUCUCGCCACUCAACGCAACAAUGCUUCUCAUCGUGGUGGUCAUUACAACAAUGGUAAGAAACACUACAACAAUAACAAUAACUCGUACGGAACCUCCUCCAACUAUCAAUCUUCACGACUGGUUCGUUCUGAUGAACAUCGUGGACACAGGCCUUACUUAGGACGGUUUCAGAUCUGCAACACACACGGCCAUAGUGCUCGAUGGUGCCCACAAUAUCGCUCUCGCUCUCUAGCGCAGUCUCCCAACCAGUCCAGUCCUUUUCGACCAUGGCAGCCCCGAGCUAACCUUGCUAUUGGCUAG